AUGGACGCUCACCUUGCGACUAAGGGGCAUAAAAAAAAUGCUUCCGACUUAGCAAUCGGAGUAAGGAAAAGUAGUGGACAUUAUUCGCAUAAGUUUUCUUCUUCGUGGACAAUUGAUCGGAGGUUCAGGGAUUGGAUUAAACGUACUCCGGACUGCUACGAGGAGCGUCACGUCGAAAAAGAGCGGCAUAGAGAUAUUUGUAUAGAGCGGAAUAUUGCAACCGCCAAUGAAAUUCCUCCCGAAGUUGUCCAGGAAAGCGUUGAUUCUUUUAAACAGUCAGUUCUAACAGCCGAAUUAGAUUAUGCGAGAUUAGGAGCUGAAUUGAGCAUUCCUUUUAAGCAGAUGGGCUCGAUUUUGAAUUUUUUCAAAAAAAUCGAAACACCCGUUCUUCAAAAGAUGACCGCGGGCGCGACUAAAGUUUCAGGAAUUGUACGUAAUGUACUCGGCUCAUACGAAGAGGAAUGCUCAGUUGAGAUGUUAAAAAGGGUAAAAUUUUCAAUUUUUAUUGAUGAGGGGACUCAAAAUAAUAAAAGCUGGCUGACCUUUCUCGUGAGAUACGUCGACCCUGAGACACUCGAUGGUAAGACCGCAUUGUCGAAGCUAUUAGAGUUAGAUGCAUCGAAACUUGAUGCAUUAGGAAUUUUCGGUCAAUUCAAACAUUACAUGCUCAAACAUUCAAUUCCAUUUGCGAAUAUUUUGGCCAUGGCAUGUGAUAACGCAUCGGUUAUGCUUGGGGACAGGCUUUCAUUUAAAGCAUUACUUCUAAAGGAAAACCCGAACGUUAUCAUCAUUCUAUGCAUUUGCCACUCACUUGCUUUAGUUGCAAAGCAUUCUUGCGAAAAAACAAUGCCAUCCAUCGUCGAGGAGUCAAUGAUGGCUAUAAUAGAUCAUCAAAACUAUGCGAAGCGUUCGCAAAUUUUUUCUGAAUUCAUCGAUGCUUGUCAGGGAUUGGAUUUAAAAUACGUGAAGUACGUGGUAACCCGCUGGCUUAUACGUGGAGCCGCAAUCAAAAGGUUUCGGCUAUUGAUGCCAUCUGCACAAGCAUGCUUUGCCGAUGCGAAUAUGAUGGAAACUAAUGCCAAAAAGUUAGAGAAACUUGAAAAAUUGAACGCGUUUCUCAAUGAUCCCGAAAUGCACGCGUACAUGGCUUUUCUCGAGUACGUUUUGGAAAUGUUCAAUAAUAUCAAUAUUUAUUUUCAACAUUCGGAAACUCGCGUCCACUUGUUGCACGAGAAAUGCCUUCAAUUUUUCUCGCUAAUUGUGCGUCAUUUUUUGAAGAAGCCUUUGCUUUCUUUUUUGACAUCGGGAAAGAUUCGAUUCAACGAUCCUGAUAAUCAUUUGGCAUUGGAAGACAACAAUCUCGGUGAAGAAUGCAAUGAUAUCGUUAAAACCAUUUCAGAAAAGAAUAACAGCGAAUCCAAAGAAAUAGUUUGUCGGGUGCGCGAAACGUGUAAAAACUUUUACAUAGAGGCCGCUACUCAAAUCCAACAAAGGUUGUUUUUCAUACAAGAUGAGUUUUUCACUUCACUUCGAGUUUUUGAUUCCAGAACCGCGCUGAAUGAUACUUUUAGAGAUUUAACGCUUGAUGACGUUUGGGUUUGUGCGAAUAAAUUUGGUGGAUUUGAGAAGGCCGCGUUGAAAAAAGAAUAG